AUAAGUACUGUUUUGUCAUCAGGUGUAUCCUUCUAAAGAUUAAAUCAGGGAUUCUUAAAUCAAUUACCUUUCACCCCAAGCUGGAGUGAGCCUUCUAAAUUAAUAAUGGCUGCAGAAGAACAGGAUGGAUUUAAGAUUGUGAAGGUGGAGGAAGACCCUACCUGGGACCAAGAAACCUACCUUCAAGAGAAUAGCUUUUCUGGCCAGGAGGCCUCCCGCCAACUUUUUAGGCACUUUUGUUACCAAGAGACUCCUGGUCCCCGAGAAGCACUGAGCCGGCUCCGGCAACUCUGUCAUCAGUGGCUGAGGCCAGACACCCACACCAAGGAGCAAAUCCUGGAGCUCCUGGUGCUGGAGCAGUUCCUGACCAUCCUGCCUGAGGAGCUCCAGACCUGGGUGCAGGAGCACCAUCCCAAGAGUGGGGAGGAGGCAGUAGCUGUGGUUGAAGAUCUGGAGCGAGAGCUUAGUGAACCAGAGAACCAGGCCCCAGAUUAUGAACAUGGACAUUCUGAAGUGCUCUCAGGGGAUGUGGUGAAUCUGAAGUCCAAGCAGGAAUCAACAGCCAUCCGGCUUCAGUCCAUGGUGACACAGCUCAAAUGUGAAUCUUUUGGUCCUCACCAGUUUGGAGAACCAGAUGGUGAAACUGUACCUGAAAACCAGGCAUUGGCAUCGAAGCAAGAAGUCUUAAAAGAAAUGGAACAUUUUGGGAAUAGCAGACUCCAAAGAGAUGUUCCUCUAGAAUCUAAGUGUAGAGAAACUUGUAAACGGGACAGCAGGGUAGAAAAGCAGAGGGGACACGCCACUGGAGAGAGACGUCACAGGUGCAAUGAAUGUGGGAAAAGCUUUACUCAGAGUUCAGUCCUCAUUCAGCACCAGAGAAUCCACACUGGGGAGAAGCCAUACGAAUGUGAAGAAUGUGGGAAGACCUUCAGCCAGAGGUCAGGCCUAAUUGAACAUCAGCGGAGCCACACAGGAGAGAAACCCUAUCAAUGUAAGGAGUGUGGGAAAGCCUUCAGUGCCAGCAAUGGCCUCAUUAGACACAGAAGAAUCCACACGGGGGAGAAACCAUAUGAAUGUGAAGAGUGUGGAAAAGCCUUCCGCCUGAGCUCAUACCUUGUGCAGCAUCAGAGGAUUCACACUGGAGAGAAGCGCUAUCGGUGUAAUGAGUGUGGUAAAGCCUUCAGUCAGAACGCAGGGCUUUUCCAGCAUCUCCGAAUCCACACUGGUGAGAAACCCUAUCAGUGCAGUCAGUGCAGUAAAAGCUUCAGUAGGCGAACCCUCCUUAUAAAACAUCAGAGAAGCCACACUGGAGAGAGACCGUAUGAGUGUGAUGAGUGUGGGAAAGCCUUCAGUCACCAUUGCAACCUCAUUAGGCAUUUCAGAAUCCAUAUUGUUGCCAAACUGGACUAAUUCCAUGGACUCCCAGGCCCCUAAAUGGGGCCAUCUUGGAAAGUAAGAUUUUCAAGUGGCUUAUGUGUUCUUAUCAAAUAUGUUUUGCUUUGGAAUGAGUAGCUUGUCUGCAGACCAGAUGCUGGUGUCUCCUGGGUGGAUGACUGAGUGUGGGUAGUUGCCAGGCAGCCUCCUUCUCCCCUCUCCCUUGGUUCAUUUCUAAUGAUUUCCCUUAAAGGGACCAAAUUUUACCUGGAAAUAAAUUGGUACAGAGGGGCUGUUCUUGAGUAAUACUGAAUAUUGAACAACUGUAAAAGACUAGUAUCUCUGUAUACUUUUUUAAGAUUGGGUAAGUUCAAAUGAUAUUCAGAGGUGAGUCUUUUUCUUUUCCUGUAAAAGUUACAUUUUAAACACAUUUAAGGUUUGGGGAGUAAGAAUCAUUCCCAUAGGAAACAUUGCCAUGGUCUCCCCUAGGAAUGUGAUGGAUGGUCUCUUUGGUGCUUUCAGCAGAAGGGGUGGCAUACUCAUUAACCAAGCAGCAUUAUCCAUAGUGUGAAACCUAUAAUCUUGAUUUAGAAAUCUAUGUCCCAUUUGAUCUCUAAUUGCAGGUCAUUACCAUAUUUAAGGUUCCCAUUUUUGUUAUAAAUAAUGAAUAAGAGGACAGGACACUUUAAAAUCUUUACAAUGUACCUCUUUUAUUCAUAGUCUUUUCUGUCAGCAUUCCCCUGCCACUGCCUUUCAGAGGUUAUCAGCAACUCUGAAUGCCGCUGCAAGCAGCGUCAUUGAGGCUCUAUAAAGAAAAAGAGCCUGCAACCUCAGGCAGCUUGCUGCUUAACUGGGGAGACCAGCAUGCUCAGGCUAUUUACUGUCAGAGUUAAAUACAAGCUCUGGCACCAGGCUGUCUAGGUUCAAAUCCUGCCUCUCCAUCUGUGAGCUGUGUGACUUUGGG